GUCACUUCCUUCGACCUCGAGGUGGCGGUUGUUUGGCGACGAAAAUUCACCGGCGCGACCAUCCUAUACCUUCUGCUGCACACCUUCACUACUGCGUACUUGGGUUUCUUCUAUGGGAUAUGGUUUGAGAAUUUCUGCAAGGUGAGCUGGCUAUUGCUUUCCACUUUCUGCACUCCUAAGCUGAUCGUCCCACCAGUGAUCGCAUCGUUCCGAGUUUAUGCAAUUGGUGGUCGAAAAUGGAAGCUGCCAGCAAUUGUCUUUGGCCUGAAGCUCGUUAUCGUUGCUGCCGAUAUGGUGAGUUCCGUGGUCGUAGGGAUCGCCGUGACGCAAACUUGCACCAUAGUAGCCGACGUCAUUGUGCUCGUCGUCACAUGGCAUGCAACAUAUUCUAUCAAGAAGAUGGCCAAGACGCUCAAUGUAAACGUCUCCACCACAACCCUGCUCCUAAGAGAUGGUCGGCUGCCUACACAUUCAAGAAGAGCUGUGCUAACUCUUCCCGGUAUAGUACCAUUUACUUCGAGUCAGCAGGUUGACGCGUACUUAACUUCCAUUGGUGUUGAACUCCCCGAUCCAGGAUUUAUCUCAUCCUCGAAUUAA